AAAAACACUCAAUUAGUCAUCUACUCUUAUCAAAAUCACAACUCUUGAGUGUGUGGGAGGAAACAGUGACGAUUCUAUUGUUUCAUAAAUAAAUCAUCUAAAUUUGAUUCGUGAGAAAAAAUUAAAUAUCAAAGGAAAAUAUUGUGAUUAAAAUAAGCAAAUAAUGUUUUUAUUGUUAAUUUCAUUGUUGUCGAUUGUUAAAUUGUGGGCCUAUAAUGUCGACGUGGAUAAUGCAAAAAUAUUCCAUUAUCCCAAGGAUAAUAAUGAAAAUGGGAGGAAAAAUUAUUUUGGCUUUUCAGUUGCUUUAUAUGUUGAUGAGAAUUUUUUGGAAAAUUCUUUAAUUCUCGUUGGUGCACCGCGGGCAAAUGUGAGUCAAAUUAAAACGGUCAUUGAACCCGGGAGUAUCUUUAAAUGUUCAAUUCAGUCAAAUGAAUCCUGUAAGGAGUGGAUUUUGGAUCCGACCGAGGAUGGUGAUAUUAAAUUUCGAAGUCUCACUGCUGUUCAAUUGAGAGAUAACGCCUGGACCGGAGCUACAAUUGCUGUCAAAAGUGGAAUCAAUCCCACAGUUGUGGUUUGUGCGCCUCGUUGGAAGGUGAGAAUUCGACGGAGAUCAAAUCAAUAUGAUUGGUUUUUAAAUGGAAUUUGCUAUCGAACGCGUGCGAAUGAUUCGAAUUUUUUCGAGACGGAAAUCAAUUCAUUGUUUGAGAGUAAAAUAUCGCCAUUUUAUUAUUAUCGUCAAGUGAAAAUGGUCGAUGGACGUUAUCAAUAUUUUUUUGCCAUGGGACAAGCGGGCUUUUCAUUGCACAUGGUGCCAAAUAAUGAGGAUUUAAUUCUUGGCAGUCCGGGAAUUUUGAAUUGGACUGGUGUUCCAUUAUUGGUACAAGUCGAGGAGCGUGUGCCAACGCGAGAGGAAAUUAUUUACAAAAAUAUCAAAAGUUUCUCAGUUAAAUAUAAUAAUGUUUACGAUACAAUUGAAGCCAUACAAGAGCAACCUUCGAUUCAUUACAAUGAAUAUUUUGGAUACUCGGUGAGUUCUGGUUGUUAUUUUCAAAGAGAAGAACGAUGGUAUUCGUCGGGAAUUCCCAGAGGGGAUAAUUUAAAUGGAAGAGUUUUAAUAUUCUCCCAUCCGAACAGAAGCACCAAGCAGGAUUUUAUUAUAAAAAAUACAUUGAACGGAGAGCAGCACGGGGAAUAUUUUGGUUACACUUUGGCGUCGUGCGAUUUGAAUAAUGACGAAAAAGACGAUUUAGUUGUCGGUGCUCCAUUGUGGACGAAUAAUUUGGAAGAGGGCAGAGUCUACGUUUUCAGUAGCAAGGGCAACGAUAAUGAUUAUUUGGAAGCUCAGUACAUUCAUGGCGAGGCAAUUAGAGGACGAUUUGGCUCAACUUUAGCCUGUAUCGGUGAUAUUGAUUAUGAUAAUUAUGGCGAUAUUGCGAUUGGAGCACCGUAUGAAAAUAAUUGUGGUGCAAUUUUUAUUUAUCGAGGAACGGAAAAUGGUCUACAAUUGAGUCAAAAAAUAUUCGCCUCGGAAAUUUCGUCACACUUGCAAGGAUUUGGAAAUUCAAUUUCAGAAGCUCGUGAUAUUGAUAAAAAUGGAUAUCCCGAUAUUGCUGUUGGAGCCUAUUUAUCUGACGCCGUUGUUCUUCUUCGUACAAAACCAAUUGUUACUUUGAAAAUAACAAAAAUGAAAGCCCUCCUGAGAACGAAAUUACAAGCGAGUUCUUCAUUUUUCGACAUUGAAGUUUGCUUUUAUUACAGUGGCAAACACGUGCCGAAUAAAUUGAAUGUGACAUUAAAGUGGAAAAUCGACGAAAUUUUCGGUAGGGCGAGACUUUCACCUGAAGCGAACAAUGCAACGAUUUAUGAACUCGAGAGAACUUUAAUCGAAGAUACACAAUUAUGUGACAAUUUUAAAAUAUACUUAAACAAUAAAAUUCAAGAAUUUAUGAAUCCACUUGAAAUAUGGCUCUCAUUGAAUUUAAAUUCAAUGAAAUUGAAUUCAACAACAAAUACAAAUGAUAAUUCAACAACUGUCAAGGACGAAUUUUGCAAAAACUGUCCGGUUAUAAAUAAAGAAUUUUCAAUAAUUGAAAAAUCAUUAUUGCUACCAUUUGCCGUCGAGUGUGGCUAUGAUGAUAUUUGCACUUCGAAUUUAACAAUAACAAUGUUCACGGAUUUGACGAUUAAUCAUUUUAUUCUUGGAUCACGAAAGACUUUUUCAUUAUUUAUCAAUAUUGUUAAUGAUGGUGAACCCGCGUAUAAAAGUGAAAUUCGAAUAAUUAUUCCUAGGCCUUUACAAUUGGCGAACAUUCCACCGGAUUGCAAUGAAAAUGAAAUUGACAUGACUUGUAAUGUUGGAAAUCCUUUGCGAAAAAACAAAACAAUAGAAUUACAAUUGUCGACAAUUGGCGUCACGUGCAAUUCAACAUCAAGUGAAUUGGAAGUUUUGAUUUUCACUCAAAGUGAAAAUUCAAACGAAAAUAAUCAUUUCAAAAUCGCGAUUCAUUUUGCCAUUGAUCUCGAUAUGCUUUUAUUGGGGAAAGCUCAAGAGGAUUCGUAUUCCUAUACAGAAGAGGAAAAUAUAAUGAAGAUAAAAAAUUUCACUCACAUUUAUGAGAUACAAAAAUUCGGCUCAUGUUCAAUUGAUGAAAUUGAAGCACUGUUUAAAAUUCCCAUUCUCUUGAAAGAUGGAAAAAAUAAUUUUCCAAUUAUUGAAAUUCAACAAAUUAAAGGAUUAAUUGAUGAUCGUGAAAUUUUGUGUUCUCAAUUAAAUAAUGAAAAUUUAAUUCCAAAAGAAAAUCAUAAUUCUUCAAUGUCAACGAAUAUUGAAAAAUUAAUGAAAAACGAAAUUUUCAAGAAUUUCCAUCAUGGAGAGAAUUCCUUUAAGUACAUGCCACCUGAAAAUAGAACAUUAUAUGUCAAUUGUUCAAAUUCAAUAAUUUCCUGUCUUAGUUUCAAGUGUAAAUUAACGGGACUUUUAAAUUCAACGUCAAUGAAAAUUGUUCUCAAUAUGGAAUUUCAGCCGAAAAUUCUUCAAUCGAUGAAAUUGCAAGAGAAGGAUAUUUUAUUCUUCAUCACGGAAGGAGGAGUAACUGUCACGAAAUCCGAGGGAUUUUCAAAUGUCAUUGAGACAAAAACUAACAUCGUAUUAGUGGGAACAACAUUUUUAGGAUUGCCUAUUAAGCAAAAAGUUGCCACCUGGAUUUUAAUAUUAUCAACACUUUUUGGAAUUCUUCUUUUAAUAUUUUUAAUUUCAAUUUUAACGAAAUUUGGUUUUUUCACACGAAAACGAAGACAACAACUUCACGCCUUAAAAGCCGAUAGAAGAAGAAAACGAAAGCAAAAAUUACAAUCAAGUUCAUCGAGUCAAAAUGAUUGAUAAAUUUUUAACUUUCCUUAA